AUGGCCACGGCCACGGCCACGGCCUCGGGAGGCUGCAGCCACGGCACCCUCGCCCUGCUCUUAGUCCUGCUGCAGGUGGCACUGGACAGCGCAGAUGGCAGCUGCGAACUCGCUGACCAGUGCCCUCCUAGUGCCAGCUGGACCAGCCUGUGGUAUGUCUGGCUAAUCUUGCUGACCGUGUUCAUGCUCCUCCUGUGUGGCAUCUUGGCCAGCUGCAUUAAGUUCUGCUGCCAGAGGAAGAGGCCGCCCGUGCAGACAACGUUCCCCCUCCCGAGGCGGCCCUACGACCUGACGGUCAUCACUGUGGACAAUGACAGCACCAUCCACAGCACCGUCACCUCUUAUAGCUCUGUGCAGUACCCCCUGGGCCCACCUCUGCCACUGGCAUUUCGAGAGAUGGAGUCAGGCACAGUGUCCCCUCCUGCCUACAGCCUGUAUGCCUUGGAGCUGCCCCCAUCCUAUGAAGAAGCCAUUAAAAUGGCCAAACCAGACUUGGAAGGGGCUCCAUCCUCCCAGAAGGCCAGCCUGAGCCCAGAACAACCUGACCCCUGUGGGAAUGUCCAGCCCAGGCAAGAACCAGGGCCAAACCCCUUCCCAGACUGUGAAGAGCCCCAGCCGUAGCCUACGGGCAAGAGGGGCUUUGGAAAGAACUGCCCCAGGAACCUUGAGGAGCAGUGGUCCCCAGGAGAACAGCCGAGGUAGGGAGUGGAUGGAUGCUGUCUUUGAUGUCCCCACCUCCGGCUUGGGGCCAGCUCAGUGACCUUCACUCAGAAAGGGAUCCAGUGACACCCGAGUGCUCUGGUAAAAAUAGCAGAUGGCCCUGAUCAGCCCAGGCCUCUCCCCUGAAGGGGAGGAACGAAAUGUCCCGGGCUCCACUCGCCUGACGUCAUUGGGAAGAGAGAGGGCGCUCGGGCCCCCCACCUGGGGACUGUCAGUUCUGCUCAGGUCAAACCAGGUCAAGGAGGAGGAGGAAGACCUGUCCUCCCAUAGCCCUUCUCCCUGUAAGUCAUCUAGGAAUUGUCCAAGACUGUAAUGCAGUUACAUUCUGCAAAAGAGACUGUAGU